CUGACCGAGGAUAAGACCCAACUCUUCUCUCUCACAGGAUUAGAGGUUGUAGCAAUGGAACUGGUCUCGGCAUCAGUCGGCAAGUUUACAGUUGAUCUUUUCAACAAGCUGAAUGAGACCAACAAGGGCAAAAACAUUUUCUUUUCCCCUUGGAGUAUAUCAUCUGCUCUGGCUCUGACGUAUCUAGGUGCAAAAGGCAAUACAGCAACAGAGAUGGCAAUGGUUCUUCAUUUCACUCAAGCAGCAGGAGCUGAAGGCUCUUCUUCUGCGGCCAGACCUUCUCGGGGGAGACCAAAGAGAAGAAAAAUGGAUCCUGAGCACAAGCAAGCUGAAGGUAUCCAUUCUGGCUUCAAAGAGCUCCUGACUGCCAUUAACAAACCCAGAAGCAGCUACUCACUGAAAAGUGCCAACUGCAUUUACGUGGAAAAAACCUUCCCAUUAUUGCCUAUGUACAUACAACUCAGUAAGAACUACUACAAAGCAGAGCCACGCAAGGUUAACUUUAAGACAGCACCGGACCAAUCCAGAAAGGAAAUCAACACUUGGGUUGAAAAACAAACUGAGGGCAAAAUCAAGAAUUUUCUGGGUUCACGAGAUGUGAUAAACUCCACCAGGCUGAUUCUGGUAAAUGCCAUUUACUUCAAGGCAGAAUGGGAAGUGAAAUUUCAAGCAGAAAAUACAGAUAUGCAACCCUUCCGACUAAGCAAGAACAAGACCAAGCCUGUGAAGAUGAUGCACAUGAGAGAUACAUUUCCAGUUCUCAUCAUGGAAACAAUGAAUUUCAAAAUGAUUGAGUUGCCAUAUGUGAAACAUGAACUCAGUAUGUUCAUCCUCCUUCCCGAUGACAUCAAAGACAGCACUACGGGUCUCGAACAGCUGGAGAGAGAACUGACGUAUGAGAAGCUGUCCGAAUGGACUGAUUCCAAGAAGAUGACUGAGACUCUUGUGGAUCUGUACCUCCCUAAGUUCACGAUGGAAGAGAAAUAUGACCUCAGCGAUAAACUGAUCAGCAUGGGAAUGCACAGUGCCUUCAGCAUCAAUGCUGAUUUCAGUGGAAUGGCUGAGAAGGGUGAUUUGCUGAUCUCCAAAGUUUUGCACAAGUCUUUUGUUGCAGUUGAUGAGAAAGGCACUGAGGCAGCUGCUGCUUCUGCUGUAAGCGUACUAUUUACAAGUACAAAUGUCAGCUAUGCUCUGCAAUUUAAGGCUGACCACCCUUUCCACUUCUUCAUCAGACACAACAAGUCCAAGAGCAUCCUCUUUUUUGGCAGAUUCUGCUCUCCCCUAGAAUGAGUUAUUACUUGCUCCCAGACAGCACCCAAAGUUCACCCUUCAAUGGAAAAAUGUGAACUGCAGUUUUAAAAGCUCAACCUUAAGCCAUGUAGCCAUAGCUAGUGAAAGUGCACGUCCCUUUUCUCUCUUCCCCCUUUUCCUCCCCUGCCAAAGUAAGGCAGCAACCAGAGACCAUUCUGUGCCUCAGAGACUGUCCCUCUACUGCCCCUUUCCAUUAUUCUAAUGAGACAGUGCUCCACAGAAAAGAGAGUGCAGAAUUCUGCUCACUUGCAUCAAACCUGCUCUUCUGGCUUUGCUCUUUGAGAGUAAGGCGGAGCCACGAAAGCUGUCUGUACACAGGCCAUCAUCUAGCCCCACGCCAAGUGCUGCCUUCAGGGGGAAUGCAGUUCAUUCUCUUUUAUCUCCCAGAAAGGAAAAAAACCCUGAAAGAAAAAAAAAAAAAGAACUUGCAGACAUCUAUAUGCUCUCUUUUUCUCACUGAGAAACAUGCACUUGCAUUACAACGCAGUUUCCUUAUGUUCCUUUCAAAUGACUGUUGGAAAUUAACAAAAUUUAGUACAAACCCGGAAUAAUCUCAAAAUGCCCCUCACCUUCCCUGUCUCACUGCGUGUAUACAGACACAUUACAUUCAUUCUCUCUUGCCCUUGCAGCUUCAUGAAAAAAUGAGGCAGCAAGGGAAAAUGGUCCACCCCCUAACUUUUAAUCUCUGACUUCUAAUUACCUAGCAAUUUUUCCUCAUUUUUCUAAACUUUGUAGGUUAAGGUUGCUGAGAGUUCUAACCAGCAAAAAUACUAAGAAAACUAUGAGCAACAUGCUUCUUACUAUCUCUUAUUGAUAUGCCAUCUAAAAUAUCCAGAAUUCAAAUCUGCUUCAUCUUUUUCAUUUAACCUAAUUACACCUGUUUCCUGGCUAAUAUCUGCACAUACCUGUUUCAUAGAUUAAUGUAUGAUUUAUGUAAUCAUUUAUGAUGAAUUAUGCAAUUUAUGAGUGCAUCUCUGUAAAGAUAGUCGUGGCAUUGACAGAAAUGUCAGUGAGAUUUUGAAUGAUGCUUUACUUCAUAUUUUACCAUGAUCUGCAUUUAAUCCAAUAAAGGAACUUGGAGUUGCGUUUGUGCUAUUCAGGACACUCAUUUACCUGCUUUUCUUAGAGCAUCAUGUAAGAUG